UUAAAAAAAAAAAAAAAACAAAUUUAUAACUGUGCUUUUAAAGCUGCAUGCGCUGGGAUUUUAAAGGGGGCGGGCUGUGUGUUGUCUGACGAAUAAAAGCUGUAGCCUAUAGAUCGGUGCAAGGCUUUUUAACCGGGUUCAACCAGCCAGGCUUAAAGGAAACAAUUUACACCCAGAGCUCCUAACCGAGUGAUAAAGGUCCGAAGAGCUACGCAAACAUGAGCGACAAGGGGACAGUGUCACCGAAAGAGAAGGAGGCAACAGAGAAGAGAGGGCGUGGAAGACCCCGUAAGACGCCCCAGGAACCAAGUGGGUCCCCCACUCCAAAGAGGCCCAGAGGACGGCCGAAGGGUAGCAAAAACAAGACAACCGGCAAGGCCAAAAAGGCAACAACAACCCCAUCUGCAGGGGGAAAACGCAGGGGAAGACCUAGGAAGGAGGAGAAGGAAGAAAAGGCGUCCCAGGAAUCAUCUGAGGAAGAGGAGGAGGAAGAAGAGGAGGACCAGUAAUUCACAACGCAUGCUACCUCACUCAACAUACUGACUUACUGUUAACCAGAACUGGGCUGUAUCCAACACCAGUGCCACCACAUGACCACUGUUCACGACAAAGCCCCCCUCUGCCAAAGGAGGGUUAUUACAGUACAUAUAUCAUGCAACAGCACUGGAUAGAACGAUGGACUUGCUCAAGCAUAGAUCUAAGAAUUACACGAAAGGCAACAGCCCCUUUCUCUACAUGUCAUGUUAUCACAAGUCUUUUAUACUGGACAAAAGGUUGUGCUCCGAGGAGCCUGGACGUUUCUGUUUUUCCCCCCUAAAGGUGGUUCGUAGGACAUUUUCCUCUGCUUACUGUUACUUAUUUGUUGUACCUGCAUCUGAGAUGGUAGGGCAUAUAGACUUUUUUUUUUCUCCAUGUUUUGUACUGGACAAAGGUGAAUUUUACCUAAACUUGCUGUUUUUUUUGGUUCUUUUUGUUUUGUUUUUUCGUGUGUUCGUGUGAAGUGGUUAACCUAUCCUUUGCAUCGUAUUAUAGAUGGAGUUGAGCUUCAGCGUUUAGGAUGAAAAUAGGUGACUGAUGGUAGAUACGUCUUUUCCAUGUCUAAUCUGCGUAACUGAUACCCUCCCCUCUGAUUAGAGCAGAACCAUCUUUAACCCACCCCCCACCCCCUUCCUGUAGGACAGUGUAGAUUUAGAGAUGCUUCUGAAACUUUCUUCUCAGUCCUCGGCGUGCAGCGGGGAGAUGUAAAGUGUAUCGUUCGUCAUCAGAUAUGUCUGAUCAGACUUUACUGUUUUUGUUCCUUCGGGUUACAUACCAUUUUUAAAAAAGAAAAAAAAAACAAACAUGUGUGCUGCUUAUCAUAUUAUAAUAAAACUCAAUUCUUUUUUUUUGGUAUAAUGUGUGUUUUUAAGGAUAGGGUUGGCAGAGUUCUAGGCAGAACGUCAUCAGUGUCGUUUCUUCAGGGAGCUUUUACAAAUGCUGUUACAUUGCCGUCUUUGUCUUCACAUGGUCCUCGGUUUUCCAAGCGCUCGCUCAAUCACUCGUAAAGGCAAACUGCAAUUGGUCAAACAAGGAGUUUGAUUGUAACAGAGGAUAGUUGGUGGCACUACUAUCCAACUGGGCUGUACGUAUUUUCAUUCCAUCUAGCGCGCACUGCUUCACCUAGCUUGGUCCUUCUGUCAUCACUUAGUACCGUAGUAAACUUUUCUUAGUCUUUUGAAGAUGUGUGUUGUAUGCUACAGAGAAAACAAAACGUUUGUGUGCAAGUGUCAGGGAACCUGCGGUCACAGUCCACUUAACUGGGUUUUUUCCACACACCUAAGCUGCUACAACCUCAGUUAUGAAACCCGGAAAACUGCAAACAGGCGAUACAAGGCCUGGAAUUUCAUACCUCACUUAACGGCUUACUUUACCAUAUAACUGCAUUUAACUGGUUUUUCUGUUUUUAAAAUGUAACCUCUGGCAUGGGUUGGAAAGAUGUUGUUACAAAGUUUGUGUAUUUUUUUUUUUUUUUUUUUAUCUGACUGUAAUAAGGUAUCUAAGAUGUCAAGUGUGUGAUUGUGUGUGCACACGCAAUGCGUCUUGGCUCGUUCAUAACCGCAGCUUGCAGACAGGUUGUUUUAAAUGUGUGAAGCAAGUCAGGGAGACCUGUCAGCUUGACGACUGUGUUCGCUGACUGUGGUAGUUUAGCAGGUGUGUUUUUAUCCUUUUUAAAGAAAAAUUCUUUCUGGUGCACUGAAAUGUUGGUUCAGAUUUUCAUGGACAAAUGUUUGUGUGUUAGACUGGGCGCUCUCUUCACUGUUCUAACGGCUAAUGUGUGUCCGGCGCUGUCCGCACGCAGCGGCCCUCGUCAUACUCAUACAACGGUCACUUCAUGUCCUUUUCAACUACUCUCAACAGUAUCAUGUCAUCUUACAUUGCAGCAUCCGUUGAUUUAUAAACUGUAAACUCAAUAGGAUGGGAUCAUUCUUUUUAUGUACACCGUAUAUAAAUGUACAAUGUCUAUAUUUCUAUGGUGCCCUACAACAAUUUGUAUCAGAAAUGAAAUGGUCAAUAAAGAGAAUUUUCUUUGUCA